UAUAUACUUUAUAUUCAAAUUCUUGGAUUACCACAAUGAAUAUCAGAUUACUUUUGAUAUACUUGGUAUUGCUGAGCGCAGUGCAACAAGGGCCUGCUGCAUAUCGGGACCUCAUGAGCGUGGGAUCCGAGCAAGGAUAUGCCCAGAAAAUGUUCCAUUAUUUCUCUACAACAGCCAUUGAGAACGUAUGUCCAACGCCUGCCGAUCUGGCAUGGCGAAUUGGAAAUGAGGUUUUCUGCACACUCCUCUGUUUGCUUCUAAGCUUGCUGUUGAGGCAUGCACCGUCGAUUGCAAAAAGCGCCAAAGGGAAAUGGUCGGCUUUGGUUACAACGGUCCACGAAUGGCGAAAUCGUCCUUCCCGCUGUCGUCACUGCGGAACUGCUCCGUGUCCGGUGAAAAGGAGAUCCUUAUGGAAGCCCUCCGAAUCUCGCAAAAGGGACAAAGUCAAUUUCGCAGCACGGUCAAAGGCCAUGAUGAUGUUUAACUAUGGACUAGAGUUGUCCGUGGUGCUGACCAAGGGGCUGCCCCAGGAUGACCUGUACUUGGAGAGGAAGUUCUGCCAGCGAUUUGAGGAGGAGCACAUGGCGCUGUUCCCACUGUGCAUCCAGCGCCAGAUCAACUACUGGUUCCCACUCCCUCGCUAGAUUCAUUGCACUGAUCAAGGAGAAGAAUAUCUACGACAGUCAAACAUGGAAUGAAAGUUUUCCGAUGACGUCAUCGACUGAUAUGUGUGAUAAUAGCAUAUCGAACUCGUCCUCCAUUUAGUGUUGAUUAUUAUUUGUUUUAUUGAUGUUUUGUUACUGUGGUUAGUUCCAAUAGGAACUAUUCUUACUAUCUGGAUCUUUGCAAUUGGUGUUGACCAGUGGUCACUCAACGUAGAAAAUGUGCUUUGCAUAAAUAAUGCCGGAAGGUUAAUUAUUAUAUUUGGCAGUUUGAAGACAAUUGAUCUUGAUCACUAGGAGUCUCGUGAAAAAAGAGGACCGACGAUUGUUGAAUAAGUACAGUUCAGAUAUAACAUUGCAAAGCUUGACCUCUAUUAAUAGCCAUUUGGAAAAUUGUUGAUCUUGACCAAAAGUGUUCACAAAUUAAUUGUGUCUAUGCUUGCUGAAUCGGUCAAUUCUACUGUUAGUCUGUCGGAUCCUGAUCGCUAGUGGUCACAUAUAGAAGGUGUCUAUGCUUGCUUUAUCGGUCAUUUCUUACUCUGUCGCGUCUUGAUCGCUAGUGGUUACAUUAAGAGGGUGUCUAUGCUUGCUUUAUCGGUCAGUUCUUACACUGUCAAGUCUUGACCGCUUGCUUGCUUUAUCAUUAGUUCUUACUCUGUCUAUUCUUGACCGAU